AUGGCACAAGCUAUUGGUGUUCUUGCAACCAUUAAAAAUGUUAAGUUUGUUGUACACUUAUUUAUUCUACGUGAAGUAUUAAAAAUAGUAAAUAUAUUGAGCGUUCAGCUUCAGGCCAAAUCAGCUACAUUGGGCAAAUCUGCUAGUUUAGUAAAAGGCAUAAUAAGCACUUUAGAAAAUAAUCGUUCGUCUGACCACUUCAAAGAAUUAAAGAGAAGUAGAAAAGAGCCUAGAUAUCUCCAAGAUUUUGAUGUGACUACAGUAACAGGAUCCGAUGAUGAUCUUAUUAGAACAAAGGAUAUUGCUACAUCUAUUGAAAAUUUAAUGGAAAUGGAUUUUGAAGGAAGCUCAUUUUUAAUUGACCAUUAUAAGGAUGUUUUAAAAGUAAAUACUGAAGAUUUAAAGUGUGAAAUGACUGUAUUUAAAAAUAUUUUAAAUGGAAACACAGAAUAUGAAUAUUUUAAAGAACAUCUUACACAACAAGUUUUUCCAAAUUUAUUUAAACUCGUUCAAGUAGCAAUCACAUUACCGGUCAGUUCAUCCACUUGUGAGAGAUCAUUUUCGGCAAUGCGAAGGAUCAAUACAUAUUUGAGGUCUACUAUGUCUCAAAACCGGUUCAAUGAAUUAGGUAUACUUAAUAUAGAAAAAGAUAUUGUUGUAGACGUUGAAGAUAUUUUAAACGAAUUUUCUAAAACAGAAAGAAGAAUAAAACUAAUGUAA